AUUAACCCAACUUCUAUAGUUCCAAACUAAAGCUUUCUUCAUGGCUCUUCAAUCCUCCAAAAUUUUGGUUGCUACCGCCAAAGUUUUAGAUCAAAAAAUUGUUAGGCGAUCUGCUAAUUACCAUCCUACAAUUUGGAAGGACGAUUAUAUUCAGUCGCUCAAGAGUGAUUACAUGGGAGAAUCGUAUGGUGAACGAGCAGUGAAACUGGUGGGAGAAGUGAAAAUGAUGCUUGACAAAGUGAUGGAUCCUUUGGAGCAACUCGAGCUGGUCGAUGCGUUGCAGAGACUCGGAUUAUCUCAUCACUUUGAGAAUGAAACCAAGAGGAUUUUGGAGUAUGUAACGGCUGACCAUACCAAUUUGUAUGCUACAUCACUUGAAUUUAGGCUCCUAAGGCAGCAUGGGUAUAAAGUAACUCCAGAGGUUUUCUCCCAUUUCAUGGACGAGAUAGGGAACUUGAAGGCAGGUUAUUGUGAGGAUUGGAAAGGGCUGCUGAGCUUGUAUGAAGCUUCAUACCUUUUGUUUGAGGGUGAGAGCAUAUUGGAGAAGGCAAGAGAUUGUGCAGCAAAACAACUCAAAGAAUAUCUGAAGCAGAACAAGGAUGUAUAUAAUGUGUCGAUGCUAGUGGAUCAUGCUUUGGAACUUCCAUUGCAUUGGAGACUACCAAGGUUGGAAACCAGAUGGUUCAUAGAAGUGUACCAAAAAAGAGAGGACAGACAUCAGAGUCUUCUGGACCUUGCUAAAUUGGACUUCAAUAUGUUGCAAGCUGUUCACCAGGAUGAUCUAAGACAUGCUUCCAAGUGGUGGAAAGAUCUGUGUCUUGGGGAAAAGUUGAUGUUUGCCAGAGACAGGGUGGUGGAGUGCUUUUUAUGGGCUAUGGGCGUGGCAACUGAUCUUCACUUUGGUAAUUGUAGAAGAAUUCUCGCUAAGGUUGGUGCACUAAUAACAAUUAUAGAUGAUAUUUAUGAUGUGUAUGGUACCAUGGAUGAAUUACUGCUCUUCACCGAGGCUGUUGAGAGAUGGGACACAAAUACAAUGGAGUUGUUUCCUGAAUAUAUGAAGGUAUGUUUCCUUGCUCUUUUCAACUUCGUAAACGAAACAGCCUUCGCCAUUCUCAAGGAGCAAGGAUUCGAUACCUUACCUCUCAUGAAGAAAAUGUGGGCAGACCAAUGCAAAGCUUACUUAUUGGAGGCGAAGUGGUAUUAUAAUGGAUAUACACCAACUUUAGAAGAGUAUCUUGAAAAUGGACUGAUUUCCAUUGCCUUUCCUGUAAUACUAUUUCAUGCUUAUUUGGCUACAAAUUCAAUAAGAAAGGAGUGCAUGGAAUGCUUCGAAGAGUGUUCCAACCUAAUCAAGUUUUCAUCUGUGAUAGCACGGCUUGCGAAUGAUCUUGGAACAUCAUCGGAUGAGUUGAAAAGAGGCGAUGUUCCUAAAUCAAUCCGAUGUUACAUGCACGAAACUGGAGCUUCGGAUGAAGAAGCCCGUCAGCACAUACGGGCGUUGAUUGAUGCAUGGUGGAAAAGGCUAAACGAAGAGCGAUUUGCUCAUUCUCCUUUUUCUCAGACGUUUAUUCAAUUUGCAUUGAAUGUGCCAAGGAUGAGUCAAUGCAUGUACCAGCAUGGUGAUGGCCAUGGGAUUGGAGAUCGUGAGACUAAGGAUCGUGUAUUAGCAUUAAUCGUUUUUCCUAUUCCAUAGACCAAAAUAAUUGGAGGCUAGGUGAUAUAGCAAUCCUUUUGUAGUAACUUUUGUCAGUGAAGUUCCAAUUGUUGAGCCUCUAUAAAUAUAAAUUCAAAUAAUUGAUAAGUUUCCUGCUCUUAGCGGGUUUAUCGAUAAUAAAAUUUCUAUCUCUGUCCAUAUCAAUUAGCUUUGUGAUAAUUUUGUUACGCUAGUCACUUAAUUCCUUAAACUCAUUACAUAAAUGUGAUUUGAGUUUUUUUCAUUAGUUUAUCUUUUUUAGAUCAGAUAUAAACUUGUCUAUGAAUCAAGCUUAAUAUCUGGUCUGCGAGAAUGGCACGACUUGAGGUUGGACUUUAAACAAAAACUUUUAAGUUUGUGUCUAGAGCAACUCGAAAUAUUAUUUUAUUUUAUUAAUAAUAAUUAGUCUACAUAGAUUUUAAUAAACAACUUAUAUGAAAUCUUGUAUAAAAUUUUAAAAGCAUCAAUCAAAUAUGUUUUUAUCGAGUUUUAUUCAUAAACACUUUUAGUUAGAUACUAAACGGUUUUUUUUCUUUUCUUAUUAUCUCCUACAACAUAUAUAAUUAAGUCACCCACUCCUAAGAUCUCCGGAUUACCUCGAGAAGCACCAUACGUGUUUAACUUAACCACCUCACCAAACUUCUCUCUUUAAGUAUCGUUCACUUUCUUACAUAAGGCAUCAUGAAUUUCUGAGGCUAUUUGAAUUAUAAGACGCAUAUCAAUUCUAAUUUUUCAGUGCAAUACUAAUCAAUCAAAUUUUAAUAUUGUGUGAGAUUUAUUAAAAAUUUUUAUAAAACUCACACUUUAAAAUAGUGAAUCUCCUGGUUAAUUAUAUCACUUUAGUAGAAAUAAUUGUAAGUGAAUUUCUCCCAUUUGAAUAAUGUUGAAGAUCGUCACAAAUUACAAUCUUAUCAAAUUGCUUAAAAUAGGUCAUAUUUAAUAUGAAUAUAACUUGUCCAAUCGUUAAAUCAUAUUAAUCAUGCAUGUUGCUCCUUAUAACUUUGAUUCAUCUAACUUGUUUAAAUAUUCUUUUAAAUGUAAACAUAAGAGUAAUGAUUCAUUUAUAGUAGUGUAAGUCUUGUACUUGUUUU